AUGCCCAGCAGUAAGAAACCAGCAGAUAACAAACCCCCCGCAACACCCUCCUCUGAAUCUCUUUGUACGAAACAAUACAAAAGUAAUACCAGUUCCUACGUUUGGUAUCCCUCUGUGAAUAAUGUUCAGCAGAUUGAAUAUGUACGCAAACUCGAAUGUGAUUAUGAACAAUUACAAUCCUCCUUUUUAAGUUUAACUACACAAUUUGCCCGGCUACAAUUUCGUUUGCGUCAGCUAAUGCAGGCUCAGCCAAUGGAACGUGAAAAAUUGCUGCGGGAUUUGGAGAGAAUUGCCUUUGAAGAAGUCGAUCCGUAUGGUCAGUGUAAACCUGAGGAAUUGCCACGCAUCGAGAGGGAUAAUCAAAAAAUGGGUAAUAUCGAAAUGAAACAAUCAUCGAUGAUAUGUCGCCUAAGGGGGCUAAUAGCAGAUUUGGAAGAGGAAAGUGAUUGUCUUGUGACGGAAUAUCGUAAUGAUCCGGCAUGGGAAUUGGAACAAAAGGAAAAAUGUCAACGCAAAGAGGUAGAGAUGCAGGCGUCUCAGUCAUUGACGCACACCAAGUCAAAGGAAUCGAUAAAGGGGAAAUAG